CAAAUCACACCACCAGGAAGAGUUGAACUUAACAUGAUGCACCAUGAACCUAUUUUGCGGGAGCAAAAUCUCACUGAGUGAACUUGUACAACUCAUUGACACAUUGACAGUUUUGAGUUGUUAACAGUUGUUUGUAUGUACAUUGAGUUGUUGACAGUUUUGUUUGUAUGUACUAAAAGUUGCAAGUUGGUAGUUCAUAUACUGGAGAUUUGGUGUACAAAAAUGUUAGUCAUGCGUUGCAAAUGUAUGAUUGUGUGGGAUCAUAUAGCCUGCAUCAAUGUUUAAACUAUUUAUGGUUCACAGUACUUUUUUUUUCUCAACAUUUGCACAGCAAUAGUAUUAGUGACUGCUGCUGCUUUCAAUUUUGGCUAUUGGCACUUGCUCUGCAUGACCAUCUGUACCUACUGAUGGGAGUCAGAUAGUCUUGCGCUAACUGCAUGUUUUUUUGGUUUCAAGAAGCUCAUUUCCCCAAAUUGUCACAAGAACCUACAUCAUCCUGAGUGUUGCUCACACGCACCUACAUCAUCCUGAGUGUUGCUCACAUGCACCUACAUCGGCACAUAAACUUAAGCCAAUAUUGUAGAGAUAAAUGUAUAUUCUAUAUUAUAUAUACUUGAAUAUUAUACAAUAAUUUUUUACGUACAUGCAAGUAGAUGACUAUUGGGAGCUUGAUGCUCAAAAAUACUUGUUUUUUGUUAAGUAUAGCAAUUGUCUUGUGAAAUAUUAUAUAUACAUCACUGAUCUCUUGGACCUUGGCUUUAUUCUAUAUGAAGUUGAUCAUCAUAAACCUGAAGUCUCUUCUCAUCAUCCACUAGCAGCAUAGCAGGUGCCGUGCUGGUGUGUUCAUUGUGUUCUGUGUAGGAACCAAGUCUCCCCUGCAAAUAGCUCAGUCCCCCUACCCUACAGCCAUGCCUGAUGACCUCAUGGUCGUUAGCCGCAGUGUUGAACAUCGGUCAGAUGAGGUGUUGAAGCGGACACACGUUACAGCCCAGAGGCUCCUUCUUGUUGAGGCUGCGGACAAUCUUGGUACCCUGCCAAGAAGCAGACCUGAGGAGCUGAGCAGCACCACCACUGAAUACUUCGUCGACUACGGACCUGUCACCCACACCUCCCCCACACACCCAGAUGAAGAGGCAACGUACGAGGAGGUCGUGAGCUCCUCAACCGACAACCCUGGUGGCAGCGACACUCGCCUCGUCACUCGCACCCACACCAACCACAUCACCCAGAAGAUAUCGACGACGACGCGCGUUAUCAGGGAGGUGCAGCACGUCGCUCCUGACGGCAGCGUGCUGACUUGCGCCCCCCUCAGCAUGGACCCCUACAGGGGGCACUCCCCCUCUGCGCCCUCUGGCGGCAACCACAGCGCCCCCUACGAGCCCUACGACGUGGCCCCUGCAGACGCCUUCCCCGCCUACGCCUAUGAGGCCUACCCCAACUGUGGCUACCCCAGCGGUUACCCCGAACUGGACCACUCCUUGGCAGCUGCGGAGCGCGACAAGUUCCAGCCAUCCCCCGCCCACCAUCCCGCCCUUGACAGAUAUGCAGGCCAGCCCCAGCCUGCACAAGUGCGGUGGCGUGACCCAGACCUGCACGAAGUUAUCGACUUCCUCAGCAACCCCAACAAUGUGGUAAAGGCCAAUGCGGCGGCGUACCUACAGCACCUCUGCUACAUGCACGACGCCACCAAGCAGAAGGCCAGGAUCCUAGGCGGCCUACCGCCCUUGGUCAGCCUGCUCUCCCACGACCUGCCUGACCUGCACCGCAACGCUUGCGGCGCCUUAAGGAACCUAUCGUACGGGCGCCAGAACGACGAGAACAAGCGGGCUAUCAAGGACGCCGGUGGCAUCCCUGCGCUUAUCCGCCUCCUUAAGCGGACAAUGGAUAGCGAAGUGAAGGAGCUCGUGACGGGCAUCCUGUGGAAUCUGUCCUCCUGUGAGGAGCUCAAGACGUGCAUGCUUGACGAGGCAGUGCCGGCGCUGGUGACGCACGUGGUGGUGCCCGCUAGCGGCGUCCCCUGCAGCGUCGAGCGCGACCCCAACGCUGAUGUCUGGUGGUCUACUGUCUUCAAGAAUGCUUCGGGGGUCUUGAGAAAUGUGAGCUCUGCGGGUGCCCACGCUCGGUCGCGCCUGCGUGGGAGCCCUGGUCUGGUGGAGGCGCUGCUGGCGGUGCUGCGGUCGGCGAUGCACGGCAACUCUCACGACCACAAGUGUGUCGAGAACUGUGUGUGUAUCUUGCGCAACUUGUCCUACCGCUGCCAAGAGGAGGAUGACCCCAACUACGAUAAGAACCUCCCUGCCGUGCAGCCCCGCGCCUCCGCCGCCCUUAAAGGUGACAACCUUGGCUGCUUCGGAGGCAGUCGCAACAAGAAGACCCCCGACUCCAGCACCCCCACUGCACCUACCAGCGCCCCCGCGGGGGGCAGGCUGCACGGCGCCCCUCGCAGCGACCCCCCUAGGGGCAUGGAGCUCCUCUGGCAGCCUGAUCUGGUGGUUCAGCCGUACCUGGCGCUGCUAUCGGAGUGCAGCAACCCUGAGACGCUGGAAGCUGCCGCUGGGGCCAUACAGAACCUGGCAGCGUGUUACUGGCAACCCAGCAUUGAGGUGCGCGCGGCGGUGCGCAAGGAGAAGGGCUUGCCCAUCCUGGUGGAGCUGUUGCGCAUGGAGGUGGACCGCGUCGUGUGCGCCGUCGCCACCGCCCUCAGGAACCUGGCGCUCGACCAGCGCAACAAGGAGCUCAUCGGGAAGUACGCCAUGCGGGACCUCGUGCAGAAGCUGCCGUCGGGCCAGGGCGGCCGGGCGGAGGCGGCGGCGUCGGACGAAACUGUGGCCGCGGUGCUGGCGACCCUCAACGAAGUCAUCAAGAAGAGUACGGAGUUCUCUCGCGCCCUCCUGGAGUGUGACGGCGUCGAGCGCCUCGUGCACAUCACCAAGUCCCGCACGCGAUACUCCGCCAGGGUCGUCAAGUUCGCGUCCCAGGUGCUGUUCUCGAUGUGGGCUCAUCAGGAGCUGCGUGAAGUGUACAAGCGUGCGGGGUGGAAGGAGCAAGACUUUGUCAGCAGGAGCGUAGGCACCAGAGGCGGCGGCGGUGGAUCUCCCACCAACAACACGCUAAGUCGCCCCAUGGCCUCCCAGGGCGGGACACGAUACGAAGACCGCACUCUGCACCGCAACAAUCACGCCAGGCAUUACCGGGAGGAGGUUCCUUUGGGGACGCUGGGCGGCGGAGGGGUGGGGGACCCCGACAACCUCUACGGCGCCUCCCACGGACAGAUGCCGUCACGUGAGCCUGUCUAUGCGAAGGUCAACAGAGAGAAGAAACGCUCACAGCUCCCCGACGAAGAUCUGUACGGGGGUCACAACCCCCACGAUGAAUGGGGGGCAUACACCGCCCCCGACGCCCCCCUACCUAACCUGCCACUGCUCGACACGUCUAUUGCAUCUCACGCCUCUGCAGCUCUGCUACUUAACUCAGACACCCACUCUGCUACGGGAAACUAUGAAACUCACUCAGCAGCUGGCAACUAUGACACUCACUCUGCAACUGGCAACUAUGAUACACACUCUACAGCUGGCAACAUUGGUGUUGCUACAGAUGCUGCUCAGCAACAGGCUGGAGACUCUUGGGUUUAAGGAUUUUUAUGUAUUAGAUUCAACGAAGAAAAUCCACUGAAAUGCAGUCCCACUCAAGCAUUGUAUUAAGCAAAUGCAGUUUCGCGUUUCACUCAUGUUCUUUCACACCCAAACGUUGUUCGUCACAAGCAUUGCUCUACUAAAGCGUUGUCACACUCGAAUGCAGUCACACUCAUGAUCAGAUGCUCUGGAUCGCUCAAGCCCAGGUCUGAGGUGUGAAGAACUUUGCAAGAACCCUCUGGGUUGAGCGGCGUGGCUGCGUGAAGCUUGCGGUAGUUUGGGGCAAUGAGGAUAUGCCCAUGAUUAUUGGGGAGAGGAUACUCAACCCGCCGUAAUAUUGAACUAGGAUGUACCGACAUUUUUUAGAGGUGACUGACAGCCGUGCUAAACUGUCGAUCAUGCAUGUAAGCAUGAGCUGUCUGCCAUGCUAGACUGUCAGCAGCGCUUGUCAUUAUUACUUCAUUCAAACUAUUCAUCUAUUUGCCGAAGUUUCGUAGCCGUAGAUUGUUGCCCAUGUGUCAGUCGAGUCUUAGUUUCAUCUAUGAACAAUUUGCGUUGAAGUGCUGCAAGAUCCUGCCUCGUGUGCAUGUAUGUACGUGAGUGUGUGUACAUACUAGGCGUGUGUUCUCUCGCCUCAUCGCCCAAUUGUGCUCACCUUGACCCUCUUUCCCCUGUACAAUUUCCCUUCCCUUGGGCACAAACUCAACUCAUUAACUAGCACCCCCGCAGUCUCACUCGCCCGCAAGUAUUUUCUUAGGAUUAAUAGCGUUUAUUUCCUGUUCAUUUCUGAUCAUGUGGGUACUCGCAAACCUCCGGUGAGUCUUUCUGCGAAUAUGGGUGGCAGAAUUAUUCAGCUCGCAGUCGUAUGUAUAUUUAUGAGAUAAAACUCGAAAUCCUUUGUUAGGGACGCUUCGACGGAGCUAAUCGAGAGAUUAGUCUUGGAACCGGGAGAGCAGCUAAUUUAGCUCGAAGAUGCCACUGGUUGAGCCAUGAAGAGCCGCUGUUUGGUCUUAACGACCCGUCAUUUGUUUAGCGUGGCUGCUCAAGGUUUUUGGUGCGUGUAGUGUUUGGUCAGGAACGGAAGUUGCCGCUAAAAGUGUCCGGCGCUGUAAUUUCAUAUCUCAAGUUCGUUGUAAUUUCGUUUAUUUUAGGCAGACUCAGUGUAGACUCAGUGGCACGCGGCUCUGCGUGAGCGCAAGUGUGGACGUGUGCAAUGUAGCAUUUUCUAGCAAUAAAACUAGCCAGUAAGAUGAAGUGAGCGCGCCACAAUUAUGGUGUCUCUUACUCUGAACCCUGCCACCCCAACAUUCGCCCUGCCACCCCAACACUCGCCCUGCCGCCCCAACACUCACUCUGACACCCCAACACUCACCCUGCCACCCCAACACGCACCCUUACAUGCGCCUCAGUUCCUCUCGAUUGAGCGCCAUUUCGCGUUGCAAAAAAUUCCUCGUGUUGGAGAAUGUAUUUCUACUAAGCGGAUGUCGCAAAAUUAAUUUAAGUGAACUUAAUUUACAUAGCAAUUUCUAUUGGAAAAACCUUUGCUUACGCGUUACGGUCCCAUGUGCCGCCGAAUUUUUAUUAACAUGACUCGAGUGAUGUAUGUGUUUUCCGUGACGAGCUCUCGUUGAUGACUUCGAUGACUUGUGAAUGUAAUCGCAUGGGAGCAGAGCAUGGCGUUUACUGACUUCCUCUCGCUGCUCCCCACAUGUUUAUGUGUUCCCCACUUCUCUGCUUCAGCUCCCCCCAACAUGGAAGGGCCACCAAACGAUCAUUCCUUUGUCUAUUUAUUAAGAGAGGUGUUCUCGACGCCUUGCAUGAGAUGUCAUCGCAAAUUAUGCUUGCUUGUAAACUAAGUCAGUGCUGGAGCGUUUCAAGAUGUCACGACUGCCAGCAAGGUAGUUGUUGAUGGCCAAUUUUACUAUUGAAGCCUGACUUGAAUGUUGAAGCGACGGUGGAAGCCUUGUGUCAAUGGAAGCGUUUGCUGGCAUCUCGUUUUCUCUUGCUGUAUUCUUUGUCUUGAUCUUGAGUCCCUUUGAAGACUAAUAAAUGGUGUAGUGUUCGAGCCGUGUUCCACCCCCAAUAUUACCUAAUGUAGAUGUAAAUAUUAAGAAUGAUUAAGUUUCGUGGCUAUAGUUUAUAUAAUGGGCUUAAUGUGUGCGCAUUACAAUUUGCCGAGGUUCAAGUGUAAUUGUAGGCCUACUGUAGCAUUCCCACCAUAGGCCGACAGAGUUCCUCCUGUGCCGGCCAAAUUUUACCUCAAUGUUUAUUCUUUUCUAAUGCAAUAUAAUCAUCCAAAGCAAAGAAUUGCCACCUCAGA